CCCCGCGGCCCCGCGGAGCGCAGCGCGGCGUCGGCACCGGCUGGGAACCGGCUCGGCUCUGGCUCGGGCUCCGGCGGCGUGGGCCGGGCAGCAGCGGGGCGGUGGCUCCGUGGCGUGGGCAGGGGGCGUCCGAGCGUCCGCGCCCUCGGGCGGCGGCGUCUCCCCGGCCCCAGCGGCCGCCCCCGCCGCCCGCGCGCUCGGGCGCAGGUUUGGACUGCCUAAAAAAGUCAUUUCACGGUGACCAGCCCCACUUGCCGACGUGACCUAAAGCCGCUCCUUUGCCCCCACCCGCAGUGACUUUUGCCGGGAGUGGGGGGCUGGGCACAGAUGUCUUUCCAUGCCGCCCUUGGCAGGACCCGAGGAACCGUGGCAGCCAUGCCUCCGCCUGCCCCAGCCGCCCCUCACCCCCUACGCUGACCUGCAUGGUAUGCAUGCCCUUGGGACUCCCGAGGACUGACCAGCUGACCUCUCUUCGGAUCCCCAACAGCUCCCCCAAAAUGUCGCUCGAGUGGCUGGUGGCCUGGAGCUGGUCGCUGGACGGCCUGAGGGACUGCAUCGCCACCGGCAUGCAGUCCGUGCGGGACUGCGACACCACGGCCGCGGUCACCGUGGCCUGCCUGCUGGUCCUGUUCGUGUGGUACUGUUACCACGUGGGCAGGGAGCAGCCCCGGCCCUACGUCUCGGUCAACGCCCUGAUGCAGGGCCCCGACGCCACGGGGCUGCAGAACGGGUUCGUGUACUGCCAGUCCCCCGAGUGCGUGCGCUGCAGCCACAGUGAGGGUCUCAACCAGAAGCUCUACCACAACCUGCAGGAGUACGCCAAGCGCUACUCCUGGUCCGGCAUGGGCCGCAUCCACAAGGGCAUCCGCGAGCAGGGCCGCUACCUCAGCAGCCGGCCCUCCAUCCAGAAGCCCGAGGUCUUCUUCCUGCCCGACCUCCCCACCUCGCCCUACUUCGCCCGGGACGCACAGAAGCAUGACGUGGAGCUGCUGGAGCGCAACUUCCAGACCAUCCUGUGCGAGUUUGAGGCCCUGUACAAAGCGUUUUCGAACUGCAGCCUCCCACAGGGCUGGAAAAUGAACAGCACCCCCAGUGGGGAGUGGGUCACCUUUUACUUGGUCAAUCAGGGGGUCUGCGUCCCCCGGAACUGCAGGAAGUGCCCACGGACGUACCGCUUGCUUGGAAGCCUUCGGACCUGUAUUGGGAACAAUGUUUUUGGGAACGCGUGCAUCUCCGUGCUGAGCCCCGGCACCGUGAUAACGGAGCACUACGGACCCACGAACAUCCGCCUCCGCUGCCAUUUAGGUCUGAAAACUCCGAGUGGCUGUGAGCUGGUGGUGGGCGGGGAGCCCCAGUGCUGGGCAGAAGGCCGCUGCCUCCUCUUCGAUGAUUCUUUCCUGCACGCCGCGUUCCAUGAAGGUUCGGCGGAGGACGGCCCACGGGUGGUUUUCAUGGUGGAUCUGUGGCAUCCCAACGUCGCAGCGGCCGAACGGCAGGCCCUGGAUUUCAUCUUUGCCCCGGGACGAUGAGAACAUUGGUCGUGCUGCAGUCGCCGAGAGUGGCCGCGGUCCGCCCGGGCAGACAGGGGUGCGGCCCGGCCCCUGCCCCUGUUCCAAUUCCAUGCCUCGACAGAAUGCUCUCAUUUGGGAUUUGGUUUUUAGGUCGUGUUGGGUCCCUCUUUCCUUCGGUUAUUGAAAGUGGGAAAUUUUCAGCUUGUAUUUCCUUAGAUUUUUUUUCCCUUCCAAUCAUUUGCUUCUGCGAUUCCUUUCUGCCUAAAAGCGCAUUACUUUGCUCUGUGACCAGAGGCUCGGGGUCCCUGUUGUCUGUGUCACGCUGCUACUUGGUUUCGUCAGUGCUCUGAAAUAGGGUUGCCAAAUGGUUACUUGUCUGGAUGUAAUAACGUAAAUCUUCCUGUCAUCUUAAAAGAAAAAAACAAAAACAAAACAAAACACUGCAGAUCAGAGAGCUGGAGGACGUGGCCUCUGCUGCUGUCACGAUCACCCUGGGCCUCAGACGCCCGGGUCGGGGGAGCCCGCGGUCCGCAUCCCCAGCUGUCCCCUGCUGGCUUCCUCGGCAGGGUGGCCCAGUCAGGGCAGGGCAGACUCACCAUUGCUCACCUCACCCUGAACCCAGUCGGGUCCCUGAUGGCAAGAGCAUCAGGCUGGUGGCAAUGGAGGCUUUUCUGUAGACGUUGCUUUCCGACAGAGCUGAGGCUGGUGUCUUCGAGAGCCAAGCUGGGGCUCCCUCGGUUCAGCAGCUGAACAUGUGAUUCGAUUACCUCACUGCCUACAGAAGCCCUACUGCCAAGCCGGGCCUGGAGAAUUCCCCGUUUGAGCUGUUUGGAGUCCAAGGUGAUGAGCAUUCAGACCCCCAGGCUGGCUGAUGGGCGCCGAGGUGAGAUGAGACCUCACUCAUCCAGUGACGUUCUGGAAAAGCCUUUCUCUGGCAAAACUGGAAUCGUAGAUCCGCCCGAAGUGUCUGUUUUGCUUUGGAGUUCUGUUUCCUAUGAUUUCCCAUUUGUCUGUACAUAAGCGUUCAAACGCUGGGCUCGGAGAUCAUGGCAGAGUCGGCCCUGUGUCUCUGUCAGUGCACAAGGGUGUGGUGAGGGCCACCUAAGCCAGUGUGUGCACGUGAGGACACUGGGGGGACCUACAUACCCAAAGGACCCAUGGUCGCGGCGCUGGGUCUGCUGUGAAGGACGUGGCCAGUUUGAGGCACUAAGUCUAGAAGCAGCCCCCCGUUAGCCGAUGUGUGAAGGAGUCUCCUCCAGUCACACUAGAGAUGCCUUUUUUGAAUAAUGUAUUACGGCAGAGUCAGGUUUGUAAAGCCUUGGAGCGGUACGGAACAUACUGCUUGUCCCGUCUGGGUCCAGUGUUUCUAUCCGAACGGAAACCAGCAGCUUCUGGGAGGAGCAACCGUCAGAAGUAAACGCGGUCUGAAACGCACUAGGUAGUUACUAGCAAGUGUGCAAAGAAACCGUGUCUACAUUUGAGUACAAUUUCUACACAGGUGUUUUUCAGCGAUUAGAAUGCAGGAAAGGGCAGAAAUGUCAAACACACCUGAAGUCUUUUUACUUGUUAAGUUUCUUGUUAAAGAAUCCCUGAGGUGCAUGAUUUCUACACGUACUGACUGCUCUACGUUUACAAAGCCAGCAGCCCACACAGGCCCCUGGCUACCUGUGCUCACGUGACGCGGUUGGGGAGCAGAGGGUAAAUAAAAGAUCUUGCUGAAAACCAGAGUGAAGUGGUAAAGCGGUCUGUUGGAGAGGUGAUGUGGGACUUGGGCAGAGGCUCCGAGAGGGCCACUCAUUGCAGGCUCUUGGUUUCUGGAUCGUGUCACAGAGACAGGAGGGCCCCUAACGGUGGUCAUGUACAGGGAAUGAAGCGAGAUGUAGUUCUCAGUAAUGGGCGCGGAGUGGGGGAAAGGAGCAGAUCCAUGGAAUGUUCGGGAGCUGCAGGUGUCACUCUGGACAAAGAACAAGGGCCGUGCUCCAGGAGAGCUGAGGAUUCCGGACUCGGUGCCAAGAACUUGCUCCCACGUCACCUUGCACAAGUCAUGGAGCCUCUGGGAGCCUCAGUUUCCUUCACUGUAGAGACAGUGCCUGGCACGUGAAGCAGCGAGGUUGGUUCCCUUCCUGACAUAGCAGGGGUUCUAAGCAGUUACAGACAAACAGGUGAGGAGGAAGGAUGGGUGAGGAAGAGAUGGACGAGUCCACCGGGUCGCUGGUAGAGGCGGCCGGGGAGCUGCGGCUUCUUUCUGCUGUCUGUGUCUAACCUCGGGGAGAAAGAAGCAGGGCCCUUGGUGGCUCUGUUUUGAAUGUUUCCCCUUGUGUUAGAAGAAGGACAGGGAGCUCUGGUGGCCUGGAGCCCCAGGAGAUGCCUGGCUGCCAGGUGUUUUCAUAGCAAAGCUGGCCAGGCUGCCACAGCAGGUGGGAGGGAAGAGCACCGUGCACCCUGGGCCACGAUAUUUCUCGCUCUCCUGAAGCGCGCGUUGCCAGCUAGGCAACUGCUAAAGUAAUUUACACGUUGCAGCCGGGGAUGCCCAAGGUGAGAAAAGGGAGGCAGCAUGCCUGCCCAGCUUCGAGUGGGAAGCCCUGCCUUCCACGCAGAGGCAGCCUGCCUCGGCUGCAAGGCCGGAUUGGUGACUCAGUUUGACAAGGUCACCUCCCAGGUCUCCCAGGCACCUGCUCAUCAUCCCCCAAAGUCGCCUAGAUUGUCUGGGUUCUGAGCCCUCCUUUGCUGACAGCAGCCACCCUUGUAGCAUUGAGUAGUGCCCUGCAGCGUGUGGUGGGGGAGGAGAAGGGUAGUCCUCACCCACUGGCUCUGGACUUUGGCUGCACAGUACAGUCACCCAGGGAGCUUUUGAGAAAUACUGAUGCCCACACCCUGCCCCCAAGGCAUCUCAGUUCUUUGGCCAGGUCUCCGGUAUUUGUUUCAACUCAUUUCCUGGGCUGACUCUAAUGUGUAGCUGGAGCUGAGGGUCGAUGCCCUGAGUAGCAAAAAUGGCAAGGCCUUUGAAAUCAGCCAGCUGGAGGUUCAAGGCUCAGCUGUGCCCCUAUGUGAUACUGGGAUAGGCCACCUAACCUUGGCCUCUAGGGGAUGGUCACUGUUUUAACACUCUCCUCCAGCAGUACUCUGACGAGCCUCUUGCAAGACCGUAACAUUCCCCUUUCUCAGUCCCUGGAUUUCCAGGACCUGACCCAACCCCAGCUGCAGGGCUAGGCACAUGACCCACACCUGACCAAUCAUCAGAGCCUUGCAGACUCCUGGGUACUAAGGGCUGGGCACAUGGUCCAAGUUCUCUCCUGGGACCAUUGAGAAAGAGAGGCUACUUUUCGAGGGAUGGGAGUGGGGGAUCCAGUGUAAAGAAAAUCUGAGAGAGAAACCCACAGAGGAGAGCAGGUCCCUCAUCUUGUGGAGAUCAUCUGAGUCCUAAUAUAGCUUUGCCUGGAACCAGCCCUACCUCUGGACUUUUCCGUACAUGAGCCAAUAAACUCCCUUUUAACUCUUAA